AUGUUUGAAGAAUUUUAUCCAUCAGCAAGCGAUGAGGAUUGGGAUUUAAUCGUGAUUGGAUCCGGACUGUCCGGAUUGACUGUUGCGAAAGUAUUGGCAGCAUCGGGGCGGAAAGUAUUGGUACUGGAGCAACACGACCGUGCUGGUGGCUCUUGUCACACUUUUGAGCUGGAUAAAUAUGAAUUCGACGUUGGCUUGCAUUAUGUCCAGGAAAUGUGCCCAGGCAAGCAGUUGUACUGCAUUUGUUCAGCACUCACUGAUUCGCAAGUUCAGUGGCAACAGAUGGAGGACCCUUUUGACAAUAAAUGCCUGGGCGCAAAUCUGCGGUUCUUUGUUGCCAUCAAAAUGAUGCCUGCGUUUGUGGUUCGUCUGCUGGUUAGAUCAGGCCUGAUUCGCCUAUUCACAAGCGUAUUCAGAUAUUCUGGCCAGAAUUUGCUAGAUGUUAUGAAACAGUACAAACUGAGUGCCGAUGUUCAGACCGUCAUUGCUUACUAUUUCGCUAAUUACGGUGCUCCGCCGAAUCGUGCUUCGUUCUUCCAGCAUCACUUAUUUCUUAUGGAAAAUGGCUUCUAUCCAGUCGGUGGCGCAACAACAAUCACCGCCAACAUUAUUCGAUCCAUAAACAAAUUUGGUGGAAAAGUACUAGUGAAAGCGGAUGUCCAGCAGAUUGUAUUUGCUGCUGGAAAAGUUAUUGGUACUUUUAUGAUUAUAUUUUUGGUA